GCGAGCUGCAAGGCGACCGCUCCUCGCGGGUGGCCGGGGUCCGCGCUGCAGCCGCCGGUGCUCUCCGGCCCGGGCUGCCGCGACAGGCGGCCCCGGCUCCCGCCGACUCGCGGCGGCCCCCGGCUGCGCCCCCACGCGCUGCUCGCAGCCCGGGCCAUGGGGCUGGGCGGAUCCGAGGCUCGGCCGAGCUGAGGCGGAGGCGCCCGUCCGCGCAGUCCGCUCGCCGGCGCCUGGCCCUCAGGAUGAUGAAGAAGAAGAAGUUUAAGUUUAAGGUGGACUUCGAGCUCGAGGAGCUCUCCUCGGUGCCCUUCGUCAACGGGGUCCUCUUCUGCAAGAUGCGGCUGCUGGACGGCGGCAGCUUCACCGCCGAGUCCUCCAGGGAGGUGGUGCAAGCGAAUUGUGUUCACUGGAGAAAGAAGUUCUCAUUUAUGUGCAAAAUGAGCGCCAGCGCCUCCACCGGCAUCCUGGAUCCUUGUAUCUACAGAGUGUCUGUACGGAAGGAAUUGAAAGGUGGGAAAGCUUAUGCAAAGCUGGGCUUUGCAGAUCUAAACCUGGCAGAGUUUGCUGGAUCAGGAAAUACCACCCGCCGCUGUUUACUGGAAGGCUACGAUACCAAAAAUACAAGACAGGACAAUUCCAUCCUUAAAGUUUUGAUCAGUAUGCAGCUGAUGUCCGGUGACCCGUGUUUUAAAACGCCUCCUUCCACAUCCAUGUCAAUACCAAUCGCUGGAGAGUCUGAGUCUCUGGAAGAGGAUAGGAAAGGUGGCGAGACCCUCAAAGUGCAUCUUGGAAUAGCAGAUCUUUCGGCAAAGAGUGCCUCUGUUCCAGAUGAACUUGGUGCCUGGGGACACUCCAGAACAUCAAGCUAUGCGAGCCAACAGUCUAAAGUAUCAGGGUAUAGCACAUGUCACUCCCGGUCAUCCAGCUUCUCUGAGUUCUGCCACAGGAGAAAUACCUCCGUGGGAAGCACGUCCACGGGGAUUGAAAGCAUUCUUGAGCCAUGCGACGAAACUGAGCAGAUCACAACAGAACCAAAUCCAGACCCUCCUGCGGCCUCCGCUGUCGCGGCCAAGGAAGAAGAGGCUUCGGAGAAACUCGCCAGGUGCCCAGUGAAGCAGGACUCGGUCGAGUCUCAGCUGAAGCGGGUUGACGACACCAGAGUGGACGCUGAUGACAUUGUGGAGAAAAUCCUACAGAGUCAGGACUUCAGCCUCGACUCCAGUGCAGAAGAGGAAGGCCUGAGAUUAUUCGUGGGACCUGGGGGAAGUACAACCUUUGGCAGCCACCACCUUCCAAACAGGGUAGGAUCUGGAGCCUAUGAACAGGUUGUGAUCAAACGCUAGAAGUGAAGCCAGCAGGCAGAAGCUGCCCUGUGCGGACAGCAGGUGUUUCAAGGUGUGUCACUCAAGCAUGUAAGAAAAACCAGGAGCCUGUUUUCAAAGUGAAGCUCAUCUGUGAAGAAGAAAGCUGAGCUGACUCCUUCUUAAAGCAGCCCUUGCCAUCCUUUCCCACCUACUCACCCACUGGGCUAGCCUAUGAACAGAUGGGGGUGCUGGAGUUGGGGCAGUGAAGAUCUGACCCGCAUCAGUACCCAGAACCAAAGGGCUGCCUGUGCUUCUGAAGCACCCGGAGAAAACCCACACUGGAUACAUCUGAGGGUGAUUUGAGUAUUCCAGCGUAGAUAUCUAAGUUAGGGUUGUUCAACAGGUCUGGGCUCUGUUUUUAAAUUUUACAUUUAAGAGAGAGUACUUGAGGUCAGUUUAAACCCUACAAAUUCUAUCAAAAUAGUUGUAAUUCCUGUGAAGUAAAUCUUCCAUGUCCUGUUACCUACAGCAUUGUACUACAUGUAUUAACUCCUUUAAUGCAGUAAUUGGCAGAAAGAGAGGGUGUUCAUGCUUUGGGGAAAUAUUAUGCUAUAACUUAAACAUUUUAAACACUUUAUAAUUCUGAGCGCUUCAGACUUAAGUCAAAUGGCAAAUGUGUCCAAGUCUGCGACAGAUGGACGGAAGGAAUGCCAUGAUGUGCAGCAUCUGUUAUUCCUGCCUUUAAUAUUAGGUGAGUUACAAAAGCCCCGGUGCCACAGUAUAAGAGUCAAAGUAAGCAUAACAAGCAGCAUGUUGGACGACCAUAGGCAAGCCACAAGAGGAGCUGUCUCACCAUCCAGUCAGUGCUAAGGCUUGCUGGUCUGGCGGC